AUGCCUCAGGGGUUUAUGGCGUCAGCUUCUGUCCAAAUCUUCCGAUUGGUUGUGCGGAGGUGUAGAAACCUCGGAAUGAUUGCAGUAUUUAGGCGAUGCCCCUCAGCACGCGGAACACGAGCGCAGCCCGCAAUGGGGAUACCACAUAGUACUGGUGGUGAACACUCAGUUGGAGAGUCCUCGUCUUUCCUGGUGGUAGACCGUACUCCAGAAAACCGCUUGAGCGGGUUGAAGUUAGCCGCUAGACACAAGGAAGUUCGAAUACCAUUACAAUUGCCAUUACCGUGUGCGGCUUUUGUUGGAAGACGUCCCAGUGUAUACGGUACGGGCGAUGGGACAGUUGUGCUCUUGUUGGUUAGGACGACCGCGGUAAAAACCGCAUACAAAUUGCACAGUGGUUAUAUCGGUGCUACUCGCAUUCGAGGAUGGGUACCGCGUGAUCCCCACUGCGCCUGGUUGGAGACAUUGCAAGAUAUGGCUGCCAACCGAUGUCAGUGGUGUUCUUGUUGUCAGUUUCUAUCCAGAUUGUCUGAGCCCCGACAGACUGCAGUUCUGAGAUUGAAAAGGAAGGGCUUAACAAGAUCUCUUACGACUGCAAGAAGGACGGAUAUAGUAAUCCUAGCAGGUGAUAUUAAUGUCCAAGUUAAAUGGUCAAGUAAUGCAAAAACACAGUUAGGUGGUAGAUUUGGAGUCGAUACUCAGCUUACUUGGAAGCCAUCAACUGCAAGACAGUCAUGGACUCCAUUGGAUCAUGAGGCUAUCAGUUACCGAAGGAGAGUCUCAAGUACAGAUUGUCGGUCUUCCAGGGUACGCAACUUAACUCUGAUCAUGCCAUUGUACCUCGCUUACUGUCAGUAUUUCGCGUGCCAAAGUAGAACAGUUCUGUACCUCAACUUCGACAAAUUUCAGUAG